GGGGGCGGGCUCCCGGGCGCCCGUCGCGGGCCCCUUCUGGCCACGAUUGAUUCUCGGGUACUGCGAGAGCGGCCUAUCCAAGCAGCCUACCGACCUCGCGCCGGGGCCCCUGCUGUGGGCUUCAAGGCCCGAGGCCUCGGCUUCUCCGCAACCAUGAAGUUGAAGGAGAAAAAAUCAAGGCCAAAGUCACCAAGCUAUGGCAAAUUUCAGACAAAGGGAAUCAAGGUUGUGGGAAAAUGGAAGCAAGUGAAGAUUGACCCAAAUAUAUUUGCAGAUGGACAGAUGGAUGACCUGGUAUGUUUUGAAGAACUGACAGAUUACCAUUUGGUCUCCCCUGCCAAGAAUCCCUCCAGUCUAUUCUCAAAGGAGGAACCCAAGAAGAGAAAGGCCCAAGCUGUUUUAGAAGGAGAGGAGGAAGGAGAGUGUAGCUCCUCAAAGAAAAAGAUGAAGUUGAAAAAGAGCAAAGAUGUAGAAACUGAAGGAACCAGUGCCCAGAAAGAGUUUGAGGACAAAGAUGCUGAGCCAGAGCCCCAGGGAGAUGGCACAGUUUGUUCUGAUCCAGAAGUAGAGGAGAUGGCAUCAGGAAGCCUGGCCGUGGCUAUUUCAAAAAAGAAGAAAAAGAAAGGGAAAAAAAAAUCGGAGCCUUCCCAGAGUACUACUCCAAAGGUACCGAAAAAAGCAAAGACAUGGAUACCCGAAGUGCGUGACCAGAAGGCAGACGUAUCAGCUUGGAAGGAUCUGUUUGUACCCAAGCCAGUUCUCCGUGCACUCAGCUUUCUAGGCUUCUCUGCACCCACACCAAUCCAAGCUCUCACCUUGGCACCUGCCAUCCGUGAUAAACUGGACAUCCUUGGGGCUGCUGAGACAGGCAGUGGGAAAACUCUUGCCUUUGCCAUUCCAAUGAUUCAUUCCGUGCUGCAGUGGCUGGUGAAGAAGCCUACCCCAGCUGUGAAUAACACAGCAGUGCCACCUGGCGAGACUGGAGCUGAGACUGGAUCACCAAGCAGGGCUGAAACAGAGUCUGGACCCUUGUCUGAUGAGGUUGGAAUUGAGGGAGAAGCACUGCUCAUUGAAGCUGGAACGAAGGCUAGAACACCAUCCAGCAAGGCAAGAGCCAAGACUGGUGCUGCCAUCUCAGACCAGGUGUUGCCCUUCUGUGAUGAUGAUGAUGCUGGUGAAGGACCUUCUUCCCUGAUCAGGGAGAAGCCUGUCCCCAAACAGGAUGAGGGCAAAGUGGAAAAGCUUGAUGAAGAGCAGACUGGAAAGCUAAAACAAGAGUUGGGUGGCAAAACCAUCACCUAUAAAUCACAUCCAAAGCGUCCUCUCCUUGGGCUGGUUCUGACUCCCACUCGAGAGCUAGCCGUCCAGGUCAAACAACACAUUGAUGCUGUGGCCAAGUUUACAGGAAUUAAAACGGCUAUUUUGGUUGGUGGCAUGUCCACGCAGAAACAGCAGAGGAUGCUGAACCGCCAGCCUGAGAUUGUGGUCGCCACGCCCGGCCGGCUGUGGGAGCUAGUCAAAGAGAAGCACCCUCAUCUGAGCAACCUGCGGCAGCUCAGGUGCCUGGUGAUCGAUGAGGCUGACCGGAUGGUUGAGAAAGGCCACUUUGCUGAGCUCUCACAGCUGCUAGAGAUGCUCAGCGACUCCCAGUACAACCCGAAGAGACAGACACUUGUUUUUUCUGCCACACUGACCCUGGUACAUCAAGCUCCUGCUCGAAUCCUUCACAAGAAGCACACCAAGAAAAUUGACAAAACUGCCAAACUUGACCUUCUCAUGCAGAAGAUUGGCAUGAGGGGCAAGCCCAAGGUCAUUGACCUCACAAGAAAUGAGGCCACAGUGGAGACACUGACAGAGACCAAGAUCCAUUGUGAGAAUGAUGAGAAAGACUUAUACCUGUACUACUUCCUGAUGCAGUAUCCAGGCCGCACCUUAGUGUUUGCCAACAGUAUUUCCUGCAUCAAACGCCUCUCCGGGCUCCUCAAAGUCUUAGACAUCAUGCCGCUGACCCUCCAUGCCUGCAUGCACCAGAAGCAGAGGCUCAGAAACCUGGAGCAGUUUGCUCGUCUGGAAGAUUGUGUUCUCCUGGCAACAGACGUGGCAGCUCGGGGCCUGGAUAUUCCUAAAGUCCAGCAUGUCAUCCAUUACCAGGUCCCUCGCACCUCGGAGAUUUAUGUCCACCGAAGUGGUCGAACUGCACGUGCUACCAAUGAAGGUCUCAGCCUGAUGCUGAUUGGGCCUGAGGACGUGAUCAACUUUAAGAAGAUUUACAAAACCCUCAAGAAAGAUGAGGACAUCCCACUGUUCCCUGUGGAGACAAAGUACAUGGACGCAGUCAAGGAGCGAAUCCAGCUGGCUCGACAGAUCGAGAAAGCGGAGUAUCGGAACUUCCAGGCUUGUCUGCACAACUCCUGGAUCGAGCAGGCAGCAGCUGCCCUGGAGAUUGAGCUGGACGAAGACAUGUAUAAGGGAGGAAAAGCUGACCAGCAAGAAGAGCGCCGGAGGCAAAAGCAGAUGAAGGUCCUGAAGAAGGAGCUGCGCCAUUUACUCUCCCAACCAUUGUUUAAAGAUGACCUGAAAACCAAGUAUCCAACUCAGUCUGGCAAGCUGCCCGUGCUCAUGCCUGCUCUGAGAAAUGGCGAGUCCGCUUUGAGCUGCCUCUCCAAACAGAAGAAGAAGAAAAAGCCAAAGACAAAAGAGCAGCAGCAGGGAGAGCCACAGCCAAGUACGAGUGCAAACUAACUGCCCCUGUGCCCGUCUGCUGGUGACCACGCAUUGUGUCCACGUUCUCUGGUUCCACAGGACACCUUCCACCUUUCAGUUCACUGCACUGUCAGCCCGAUUACAAAGUCUCCCUCUCUUCCACACCACCCCGUAGCCGGAGGGACCUCAUGCAGAUUUGUGUUGUUUUCGAGUAAGAGUUUUAGAAAGCAGCUUAUGUAUUUCUGUAUUUCAGUGUUUACAGGCUUGUAUGUUCAACUUGAUUUCCGUAAUUAAAAACAGUAGGACCAGCAUGUCA